GAGCGGCCCAGGGCCCGUGCUGCGGGGCCGCCCCGCGGUGGGGGCGGGCGGAGCCGGCCCGUGUGGUUCCGGGUCGGGUGGGAAGAUGGCGGCGCCCAUGGAGCUGUUCUGCUGGGCCGGGGGCUGGGGGCUGCCCUCGGUGGACCCCGACUGCCUGGCCGUGCUGACCUACGCGCGGUUCACGGGGGCUCCGCUGAAGGUGCACCGGGUCACCAGCCCCUGGAGGAGCCCCUCCGGGCGCCUGCCUGCGCUGAAGACACGGGAUGAGGGCACCAUCUCCAAAAUGCAGCAGAUCAUAACUCACCUCAGGAAACAGAAGUAUAAUGCCGACUACGACCUCUCAGCUACGCAAGGUGCAGACACGCUGGCCUUCGUGUCCCUGCUGGAAGAGAAACUGCUGCCAGUGCUGAUCCACACCUUCUGGGUGGACACAAAGAACUACGUGGAGCACACGCGGAAGUGGUACACUGAAACCAUUCCCUUCCCCCUGAACUUCUUCCUGCCCAACUGCAUGCACAAGCAGCACCUGGAGCGGCUGCAGCUUAUGUGGGGAGACAGCUACAUGGAGGACGAGGAGAAGCUGGAGAAGGAGCUCUACCAGGAUGCUCGGGAAUGCCUGACACUCCUGUCCCAGCGCCUCGGCUCCCAGAAGUUUUUCUUCGGAGACUCGUUUCUGUGCCCCAGGCCAGCCUCCCUUGACGCCUUUGUCUUCAGCCGCCUGGCGCCACUCCUGAAGGCAAAGCUGCCCAACGGGAAACUGCAGCAGCACCUGAAGUCCCUGCAGAACCUGUGCAACUACUGCACCUCCAUCCUCAGCCUCUACUUCCCCUGGGACGGAGGUGAGCCCCCAGCCAGCGCCCCACGGGCUGCAGGUGCCGAUGGCGGCGAGACAGAGGAGGACCCCCACAAACGACGGAACCAGCUGCUGUCGGUGCUGGUGGGGCUGGUGGCUAUGCUGGGCUACGCCUUCCUGAGCGGCAUCGUCUCCAUCCAGCGUGGCGGCACGGGGCUGGCUGGCCGCCAGCCCAUCACCUUGGAGGAGGAGGAAGAGGAGGAGGAGGACUAAGGAAGAGCUGCUCAACUGUCCCUCCUCUGGUCCCUGGAACUGACUGUUUUUACACUGGGAGCCUGGCAGCAUCGUUCCCUGCAGGUGCUCUGCUCUGCGUCCUGCCAGGAAUCCCAGCCCUCUCCACGGGGAGUGCGACUGCCAUGCCAAUAAACCUCCCUCUCUCCA